AUGCUUCCCACCGACAAAUGCGAAGAAGACGCCUGCAGCAUGCCAGGCCACCAUAGCCAAAACCGCGCUCUGAGCUCUACAUCCCUCUCCACAAUCGUCAUUUCCUCCACCCCCUUCAUCCUCACUUUCCUCGUCGUCAGCUUCGCUGUCCUUCAUAAGCUUUUCCCUGCCGUAGCUGGACUCCAGCAAGCCAAAGACGACAACGACCAUUACCUACCCAGCGAUGCGCCUUCCGGCUUGCGACAGAAGCAUGCCGAGCAUGACAAGAAGACGGCGAGGAGGAGGGUCAUCGCUAUUGCGUUCUCGGUGACUAUAGCGCUUGCUGCUGUGCUGACGGAAUUGAUACUGUGCGAGAUCUCGAAUACGCUGAAUCCUGUGGCAAGGGCAUUCGCGCUCAAGGCAGUUGUUCCAACGCUGCUGCUUUUGCUGGUUGUACUCAUACCUUUUCUCGAACUACAGUCUAUUGUGUCUGGAUCCGGGUGGAGCUUUCAAAAGACGGAGAAUGGAAAGAUACCUAGGACGGCAUGGCUGCUACAAUUUCUGUUGUUUGCCGGGUGGCUCACGGGGUUUUGGUGGCUUGGGAAAGGUAUCCCGGGGACUUAUAUACAUACAAUGGCUUCACAGCCUGGAAAGGGAUUGAGUGAGGCAUGUCUGGAAAGAGUUGGGAUCAUUGGUAUAUCAUUGAUGGCUCUACUGUCGGGCUUCGCAGCGGUAUCGAACCCAUGGCAGACAUUCGGAGCAAAGCCUCGGCCGGUCACAGAGGCAGAUGUCUCUCGAAAGCAGGCAGGACUGAAUGCUACAAACGAUAUGUUGGCAGCUAAGAGAAGUCGUCUACGUGCCCUUCAGCGUAAAGUCAAGGAUACGCCAACAGAAGGCUUCAUGACCAAAGUAAUCGGCACAAUCCGCGGAACAGCCGAUACCCAAGAACUCAAAGCCCUGGAGCUCGAAAUAUCAGGCCUCUCCUCCAUGGCCGUAAGCCUCUCCACCUCCCUUUCCCUCCUCCAAUCUCGCCUCGUAUCCACCCAACGAGCCGCCUCUCCAUCUGGAAAACUCCUCUUCGUCCCCGCCUCCUACGCCUUCUCCCUCUACUGCAUCUACCGCAUCAUCACCACAUCCCUAACCACCCUCCGACACAUUCUGUUCCCAUCCCCGGAUUCCAAAGCCUUUACAUCUUCCACAACAGAUCCUAUAAAUCGCAUCUUGUCCAUGUUCGCAAAACACGUCGAUCCAACACUCGAUCAAUUAGCAUGGAGCCGCCAAAUCUCCUUCCUACUUUCCGGAAUCAUACUUCUCGCGUCUUUCAACAGCGUGCUUCAGACUUUCCACAUGAUCACCAAACUCUCUCCUUCACUACUAUACCAAGCACAAGCGAACCUCGCGCUCAUUAUUGCGCAGAUUAGCGCGACGUAUGUAAUUUCCAGCGCGUUGUUACUUAGGAGUAAUCUACCCACGGAAAUGAAGAGUGUGGUUAGUGAAGCGUUGGGAAGUCCGUUGGAACCGGGGUUUGUGGAAAGAUGGUUUGAUGGCUGGUUUUUGUUGGCUAGUCUUGUGACGGCGGCUGGGAUUUAUGUAGGGAGGAAACUUGGGGGGUUUGGCGGGGACUGGGGAUGA